CAGCAGUCUGCCAGCGACGGGGAGCCGGCCCAGCUGCACAGGAAACGCGCCGAGUGGCGGGGCGUGGCGUCGCCUCAGUGCCCAUCGCUUCAGGUAGCUUGCCGACGAGGUGUGCACUUCGGCCGCAACCAUGAGCGUUCACUCGCAGCAGCGCCAGACCGCUGGCCCCAGCGACCCGCAGUCAGAGCUGCUGGCUGCGAUGCUGGCAGGGGACUUCGCCAGGUUCGAGCAGCUGCUGGCGAGCGGUGCGGCGCACGCGGCGCACUUGUACGGCAGCCCGCACUUCGGCAACGCCCUCGUGGUCGCCUGCAGGCACCGGGAGCUGCCGCCCACCUUCGCCCAGCGGCUGCUCUGCGACGUCUCUCCCAAUGUGCACGAGCCCAGGCCGGAGCCGGUGCACUACGCCGCAAGGAGCGGCAACGUGGCGGCGCUGCAGGAGCUGCUGUCGCGCAAGAAGACGCGGGUGAGCGCGCAGACGGCGUGCGGCCGCACGGCGCUGCACUGGGCCGUGCUGGGCUUCCGCGACGCGCCCGCAGACAAGAAGAUGGCGGCGCGGCUGGAGGCGUGCGUCGCCGCCCUCGUCGACUGCCCACUGUUCGACGUCAACCGCGCCGACGACGAAGGCUUCACCGCUCUGCACCUAGCAGCGCUCUACGCACUGCCUCGCGCAGCUGCCGCCAUCGUCGACAGCUGCAGGCGAUCGCGGCGGACCCUGCAGGUGGACAACUACUUCGGCGGUAGGCAGACUGCCCGCCAGGCGGUGCUGGCGUCGCUGCCGCAGCUGUGUGGCCGGUUGCCGCGACCCGCGGAUGGCGGCGCUCAGACGGUGCACAUGCGCCUGCUGCGCGCGAUGGACGACCACGACCCGCUGCGCUACGAGCACAUCAUGGACGCCGCCGCCGACAAGGAGGGCUUCGACCCAGACGUCUGGAUCGAGCAGCCAUUCAAUACGCGCCUGCUGCACCACGCCUGCCAACUCGCGGAACGCACUCAGUCUAGUCGUCCCCAGAAAGAGGAGCCAGUGGGUUGGCUGGGAGAAGAGAACAGCACUGGGCUUCCGCCGCUGGUGGCGGCGCUCUUCGCGAAGGAUUUCGGGGCCUUCUGCAGUCUGCUGCAGAGUCGCGAUGUACGGCCCAACGAGCAGUAUGAAGCUCUGGGGGGCUGCACGUGCCUGGAGCUCGCCUGCCGACACCCCGACGUACCAGUGUGCUUUGUGCGGCAGCUGCUCAAUAGCGGCGCCGGGCCCAACGUCGACAGCCCUGUGCCACAGCCAGUACACUUUGCUGCCAGGUGGGCCAACCCGGGCGCACUGGCGGCGCUGCUGUCGCACCCGGAGACGCGCGUCAACGCGACGGACGCCGGGGGGCGGACGGCUCUGCACGGCGCCGUGCUGAAGCUGGUGGGACAGGCGCCUGGAGAGGUGGCGGACGCUCUGGAGCGCUGCGUGCAGCUGCUCGCGCGCUGCCCGCGGCUCGACGUCAACUGCGGCGACGCGCUCGGCUUCUCCGCGCUGCACCUCGCGGCGCAGAAGCGCAGCCGCCGCGCCGUCGCCGUUGUCAUUGACAAGUGCAGGUUUGCUUUCCAUUAA